GGGAAUGGAUUGUUAGUUCUCUUUUUAUGUAAGGUUUUAGAUCAAAGUCUUUGUGCAUAAAGAGAGGUAGUACAAACCAUGAUAGGGCUCUAGCUAGCAAAGAUAAUGGGAACCAUUAAUUCUACUGCUGUGCUGCUGCUCUGAUGGUGUGACUCCUAGAAGACAGAUCUUUAAAUAUCAGCACUUUAUUUAUCAAUACUUCCAGCUCAGAGGGAGGAGACAGAAUAGUGAUGCUUCCUGAUCCGCUCUGUUUUGGUCUCACCAAUGGCUGAGUAUGGUGUCUCCAUAAUAGCUGUGGGUGAGGCCAUGGUACGUGUGUUUCUGAGGUCAUGGUACAUAAGAGUGUUUCUGCUCCUUUUUGGAUGGUCCCAUGUUGAACACUCCUAUUGCCAUGGGCCCCCAGAAGUGGUGAUUCCUUUGAGGGUAACAAACCCUAGCAAUGUCAAGAAGCCUCCAGGCUGGAUCUCUUACCAACUGCAUUUUGGAGGCCAGCGACAUGUUUUCCAUAUGAAGGUAAAGAAGCUUUUGCUGUCCAAAAAUUUCCCAGUGUUCACCUAUACAGACCAGGGGGCUCUUCUUGAAGACCAGCCAUUUAUCCAGAAAGACUGUUAUUAUCGUGGUUAUGUGGAAGGGGAUCCGGAUUCCUUGGUGUCUCUGAGUACCUGUUUUGGGGGCUUACAAGGAAUAAUGCAGACAAAUCACAUUGUUUAUGAAAUUUUACCCAAAAAGCUUUCUACCACAUUUGAACACCUGGUAUAUAAGAUGUACGGUGAGGAGAAACAAUUCCCACCCAUGAGGUGUGGAUUAACAGAUGAAAAAAUAGCACGGCAAGUGAAGUCACAAGAGAGCAAUAAUUCUAUUUUGCUGCAACGUGGGUAUGAAAGUCUGGGGACCCACAAGAGAUUUGUUGAAAUGGCAGUGGUGGUGGACUACAAUCGGUAUGCUUAUCGCAGAUACAAUGUCACAACUGUGGAGCUGGAAGUAAUUACUACUAUGAAUAACGUAAAUACCUUCUAUCAAGCACUAAAUAUUGAUGUGAGUUUAGUUGGAGUGGAGGUCUGGAAUGGAGGAAACCCUGUUGAAAUAAGGAACAUGGACACACUCUUGGAUUUAUUUUGCGCCUGGAAGAAAGAAAGCUUUAAUGCCCGUGUCCCCCAUGACAUUGCGCAUGUUUUUGUAAAAAAAGGAUAUGGUGCUCUUGGCAUAUCUUAUGUUGGAUCAAUAUGUAACUACAAUACUAAUUGUGCAGUGGAUGCUUUCACAAGUGACAAUUUGGGUGUUUUUGCAUUUGUUGUGUCACAUGAGCUUGGUCAUUCUCUGGGUAUGUGGCAUGAUGAGAAAACAUGUAAAUGUGCAGACGAUGUGUGCAUAAUGUAUGCAACCCAGUCUCAGGCAACUAAAUUCAGCAACUGCAGUUAUGCUAGAUAUUGGCACACCUCGGCGGGAUCAAGAUGUAUCUUGCAUCCACGAACGCCAAAGAGAAUCUUCCGGUAUACACGCUGUGGGAACAGUGUGGUUGAAGAUGGAGAAGACUGUGACUGCGGCUCCUUAAAUCUGUGUACAAAAGAUCCAUGUUGUCAGUUAGACUGUACUCUGAGUCCUGGGGCUACUUGUGCUUCUGGGCUUUGUUGCAAAGACUGCAAGAUCAUGCCAUCAGGUGACGUGUGUAGAGAACGGGAAAAUGAAUGUGACCUUCCCGAGUGGUGCGAUGGGACAUCCUAUCAGUGUCCAGAAGAUGUGUAUAUGCAAGAUGGAGCCGAAUGCACAGGUGGUGGCUACUGCUAUGAAAAGAGGUGCAAUACUCGUGAUGAACAGUGUAGUCAACUUUUUGGCCCAAAUGCCGAGAGUGCGAGUCAGAUUUGCUAUAGUACAGUGAACGUCCGAGGUGACCGUUUUGGCAACUGUGGUCUCAAGAAUGAUCAAUUUAUAAAAUGUAAUAACGCAGAUACCCUGUGUGGGAGGGUUCAGUGUAAGAAUGUGGCAGAAAUUCCCACUCUGAGAGACCAUUCUACUCUGCAUUGGCUUCACAUCAAUGAUAGCAUCUGCUGGGGUACUGACUUCCAUUUGGGGAUGCCCUUGCCUGAUCUUGGUGAAAUAAAAGAUGGUACAGAGUGCGGUGAAGAACAUAUCUGUGUCCAAAGGAAAUGCAUCCCUUUGGCACAUUUGAAAACUAAUUGCUCACCUGAGACCUGCAAUAUGAACGGAGUCUGUAACAAUAGACAUCACUGUCAUUGCAGCUAUGAGUGGGACCCUCCUGACUGCCGGAUAAAAGGCAGUGGAGGUAGUGUAGACAGUGGCCCACCCCCAAUAAGAAAAGAGUCCCAUCGGUCACAGGAGAAACAGCAAAAGAAGACUAACCCACUCUUAUUUUGGUUGAUACCUUCUAUGGUUUUAUUCUGUUCUUUGUUAAUUUUGUCUUUUAUAAGAAGGGGAAAAAAACAUUAAGAAAGAAGAUCAAAAUGUUACAACCGCACCCAGUAAAUAGCAGAAUGAUCCACGUCAACCUAAUCAAGGAGAAGUGAAUGAUCCACCUGCAAUGAGAAACCAAAAAGCUAUGAUUUCUAGAAAGAAACCCAAUCCCAAAUGAAAUUCCCCGUUUGUUAAGUUUUAAUUCCCUGGCAGGAGAAAUGUUACAGCUUGUAUCACAGGUCACUGACAGAAACUUCCUGAGACUUUUUAUCAUUUGGGAUCAUAAAGGUUAGCCAUCGAACAAUAAGCAAAAUAUACUAAUUACCGGCA